AGAGCACUGUGGGAAGUACCGGGUGAGGUUGAACGCGUGUAGCGUGCCUUCAGAGGUAAACUAUAUCAAACUUGUAUCCUCUGUUAUUACUAAAUGCCGCAGAAAUGGAAGUUAAAACGCAGCCGCACAAACGUUACAUCUGCUCGUUUCCCGGCUGCUCGGCGGCGUAUAACAAACAAUGGAAACUGGACGCUCACUUGUGUAAACACACGGGAGUGAAGCCGCACACAUGUGAGCACGACGGCUGCGGGAAGUCCUUCUGCAGCCUCUAUCACCUGGCACGACAUGAGCUCACUCACAGCGGGCAGAAGCCGUUUCACUGCACCGUGGACGGCUGCACUCAGGCCUUCACCACCAACUCAAACCGGGCCAGACAUGUCAGCCGCGUCCACACCCAGGAGCAAAGGAAGUACGUGUGUAAAGUUGACGGCUGUGGGCUUGAGUUCAAGAAGAACAAGCAGCUCAAGUCCCACAUGUGUGAGCAGCACACCCAGCUUCCCCCUUACCAGUGCACUUAUGAAGGCUGCCAGAUGCGGUUCGCCUUCCCCAGCAAACUGAAGCGACAUGAGAAGGUGCACAGAGGUUAUCCCUGCAAGGAGGAGAGCUGCAUCUUCACUGGAAAGACCUGGACUGAGUAUGUUAAGCACAGGAAGGAGCAGCACAGACCCAACCUGAGGUGUGAGCAGUGUAGCAAGGUGUUCAGGGACUCCUGGUUCCUGCAGCAGCAUCAGCACGUCCACUGUGACGAGCGAGUAGUCUUCAAGUGCCCCAGGGAUGGCUGCGAGAGGUCAUUCACCACGACCUUCAACCUGCAGAGCCACAUCAACUCCUUCCACGAGGAGCUUCGGCCCUUCGCCUGCACCCACCAAGGCUGCGGGAAGACCUUCGCUAUGAAGCAGAGCCUCCAGCGCCACAGUGUCGUCCAUGACCCCGAGCGGAAGAAGCUGAAGAGGCCCCGACCCAAAAGAUCUCUCGCUUCCAGGUUAAGCGGCUACAGCGACCCGAAAAGGUCAGUCUGCAAAAAGGCCCGGGAGUCCCUCAGAGGGUCUGGACAGAAGAAGACAGCUCCACCUGGUCCUGUUGAGUUGGUUUCCCUCCUGCAGGACACGUCCUUGCUGUGCAGUCCUGCUGUGGACACACAUGGACUUACAAAUGCACUGACUACACCACUAACAGUAUAGAGUCUAAUGAAGGAAUUUACAGCAUGAUGAAGGCAGCAGACAUUUGUUGAAAGCAUUUAUCCCACAUUAUCGUACCUGACUUUGGUUGUUGGAGGUCCUGUUAUUGUAUAAAGUUUGUCCAACAUUGUGAGUCAACCGCAAAAAACCUGAAAUUGUAUUCAUUUUGGUUUGAUAGGCUGGAACCUAACAGACUAAACUGGUUUACAUAAUUCACAUGAAUUAAGAAUGAACAAGUCAGCAUAGCGACAGGAAUAACUUUUGGCCUGGAACCAAAUCCUCCAUGUGACGUCAACUGCAGUGCUGUCUUUGUAUUGAAAUGAUCUAUUUGUGUUUAAAUGGUCUUCUUUUUUUAGGGCUUCUCUUUCUGUUUUGUUUCAAGUGCGUCGUUUUCUGGAGCAUUUAAUCCACUAUAUCUGUUUCAUUUAUAUAAGAAAAUAUAUUUUUUCUCCAUAUUGUAAAUUGAAUAAGUGGAGUUAAGAAGCAUAAAAAGUUAAAGAGAAGAUUGAUCUUUAUUUUCUGAUCUGUUUUUUUGUUUCAAUGAAACAUUUGAACGCCUUGAAAAAUGUUUUUGAUUUCUUAAUGGUAUUUAUUGCACUUUAAGGGUCGUUUAAAUCUGUGAGGUCUCCUGGCAGCCUUUAUUGAAGGAGAUGAGAUCAUUCUGCACAUUACAGUUGGACUAUCAUGUGAGCAGGCGAGCCUAAAUUGAUAUUGAUCUGAACUAAACUGAAAUCUACUAUGCUAAUAUUAUAGAGUUCUGAUGAAGAUAUUUUGUCAGUGAUUAAUUAAUUUUAUUUCCAAAGAAGAAAACAUGUUUAAUUUGAAAUAAAAAAAAUGGAAGGUCACAUAUAUACAUAAAAAUGAAGCCUCUGAAACAUUUUCUUUCAUUUUUUUUUUACACAUCUGCAAACAUGUAUAAUACACUGAUAUUGACGUGUGAUUGGCUGAUCAGGAACUUGGACUCUUAUCCAGUAUUUCAGCAGUUUGUCAUUUUCUCACUGUUCAUAUUAUGAACUUUUUCCAGCUUUCACUCCAUUCCUUUGCAUUAGUUUAGUCUGUAAAGUGGCAGCUGGAACUGGCUAUAAAGUGUGUGUUAACCAUG